AUGUCGAAACCCGCACCGGCUGCCUCGGCACUUCGCCGACCAACACCGCGCAAGCUCAACCCGACCGAUAAGAUCCUCGGUUGCUUCUCCAAUGUCGAGCCUUCGCCGCGUCUCGACCACAUGAUCCGCUACCUUUCGACGUGGUCCGGCACCGACAAGGCGCUCAUGCUUACCCAGUACUCGUCCAAGCUCGUCAUUGUCCUGCUCAACCUCCAAUACGCCUUGCGGUUGCGCAUGCUCGGCAUCAAGUCCACCAAAUCCUCUUCGGCAGCUCAGAGGGUGCAGAAGCUCAGCGCCCUCAUUAGCGAUGCCAGGAUUCUUUACCGCAUUUGGGGCAUCUUGCCCAUCUUCAAGUGGAUGAUCGGCCUCGAGCGCUCGCCGCCCCCUACACGUCUGCUGCACAACAUCGAGCGCAUCCAGGGCUGGUCCAUGCUCGCCUACUGCCCGAUGGAGGCGCUCGCCUACCUCGGCAGCCACGGCGUACUCCCCGUUUCCGCCGCCAUCCAGAACGCCUUCUGGCUCUGGGGCUCGCGCUUCUGGGCGCUCUACGUCGGCCUCCAGCUGCUCCACCUCGUCGAGGACAACCGUCUGCUCCGCCUCCGCGCAAAGGCUCUCGAGCGCUCGCGCGGCCACCCGACGCCCAACAAGAUCCAGCUCAAGCCCAACGGCCUCGUCGCCGACGCGUCGACACCGUCGGAAAAGUCGGGCUCAGCCUCGCAAGAGCAGGUCAUCACCCGCAGGAUGUGGGACGAGCUCGACGACCGCAAGGCGGCCAUCCUCAACGAGCUCUGGGUCAACCUCGGCUACCUGCCUCUCACCAUCCACUGGUCGUGCGCACAGGGCAUCAUCUCCGACGGCUGGGUCGGCCUCUUUGGCACCAUUGCCGCCAUGGCCGGUCUGCGCUCUGGCUGGAAGAACUCGGCUGCCCCGCCAGUGCCACCCUCGGCCUGA